ACAGAGCCUCGUUACUAACGCGCCAUGAUCAUUUUGUCCACACGGGGUCAAUGUUUCAGACUGAUGACUCUCCUCCCCCUUCACCCGGAAGCACAACCGAAGAGCGGCUGUUUGUUGUCACGCUUUCAUCAUGGCAGUGAAUCUCGCAGACCUCUCCCUGCCUCAGUUAGAGGGACUGAAAAGCCAACUUGACCAGGAGGUAGAGUUCCUGACGUCCUCAAUAGGCCAGUUCAAAGUGGUCCAGACGAAAUAUGUCGAGGCUAAAGACAGUUUGAAUGUCCUGAACCAAAGCAAUAAAGGAAAAGAAUUGCUUGUGCCCCUUACUAGCUCUAUGUAUGUCCCUGGAACAUUAAACGAUGUGGAACACGUCUUAGUGGAUGUGGGGACAGGAUAUUAUGUUGAAAAGAAUGUGGAGGAUUCAAAGGCAUUUUUCAAGCGUAAAAUAGACUUCCUCACAAAGCAGAUUGAGAAAAUCCAGCCUGCUCUUCAGGAAAAGCAUGCCAUGAAACAAGCUGUUAUUGAAGUUAUGAGUGUGAAGAUCCAGCAAUUACAACAGGGCCAGCAAGCAUCGCAGAUGGUUGGAAGCACCAAGGCCUAAGAGACUACUGAAAUUUCCACGGCAGGCAUUUUUAAGUUUGUGGCCACAAAGACAAAAACUGAAAAACAAAGAAAUAAUUUCAUGUAGACUGUCACAAAGAAGAAAUUGUGCUGCAUCUUUUUUAAUUAAUUGAAUUGGGUGUCCAGUUAAGUCUGAAAAUAAAGAAUUCACUAUAGAUACAA